AUGAAUGUCGAAAAUAGUACUUCAACUAUCGAUUUCACGCCUACGGAAGAGCCGAUCGAUGAGCUUGAGAACACGCUGGCACUUGUUGAGAUUGGGGCGGUGGGCUUUAUCGGUGUUGUACUGGGACUUGCUGCUGUACACGUUAUUCGCCGAAAUUCUAUGAUUAAAGGUAUCGUCGAAAUCUACUGUCUGCUCGACCUGGCUAACUUACUGCUUAUUAAUGGUGGUCACCUAUUUUGGGGCUUGCCUUGCGCGCUUUGGGGCAUCAACGAAUCCUGGCCGACGCUAGACUAUAUCUUUUCCGCAUUGACCUUUACGAGUGUAUCCCUCGGCUUUCCGCCAAAGCUCUUCCUCAGCAUCAAUCGCUUUUUCGCGCUCUCAUUUGAGGGCCGAUUCUAUAAUUCGUUACAAAGAACGCAUGUUGCUCAAUAUUUCUUUAUGCUAAUUUACACGCUGGGCACGUUUAGUGCUUAUAUGAUACCGGGUUGCGGCGCAACGUUUGUGGCCGAUGGGUUGAAUAUAUUUUACAUAGAAGCGAGUUGUGGGGAAAGGAUUAUGUAUUUCACGCAGAUCAUCGCCAGCUGGAUCUUCCUCCCGGUUAAUGUCUUCUUUGAUCUCUUGAUCUGUAUUUUAAUGCGGAGACGAUUACGACUAUUACAUGCAAAACAAAACCACGAUAGUCGACAAAAGAAGGAGCAACUGAGGAUGGAGAUGAACCUGGCUUUGCAGAUAGCCGUGAAUCUGACGACAGGGCUGAUUCUGAAUGUCACAAUAACGAUCGCGGAGGAAUCCCUAUGGUCCAGUUGGGCUACGUUCCUCUGCUAUACGGCACUCUGGCAGAUUUGUACCCUCAUCAAUUGCAUCAGCUACAUCGUAUUCCUGCGUGAGAAGGAGAGGUCGACGGGCAAACUUUCCAUUUCCAUGACCACGCAAAUUCUGAAGCGUCAACCA